CCAACUUAGUCAUAGCGGAAGUUUUGAAGAGAUUUAUAAAUAGCUUACAUAUAAUACAACAAAGUGAAUGUUCCCUUUACGGUGGACUACUUUACAAAGGGAUUUGGGAAUAAUACUGUGCGUUCAUCAUUCGUGUACAGAUAGACACUUGUGAAAGUAAUCAUACAGUAAAGGCAAGCCAUAAAUUUAGUAGUUUUCAAAGGGAAGUAACCCUUAUGGCCUUACAUAUUUAUCGUUGUAAAUGUCUAAAAGCAUCCUGUCUUGAAAAAAUCGAUCACGACCCAAACUCGUCAGUAAAAAUUCCAUAUAUAUUUACAAACAGCUAACAGUUGGCCAUGAUUUUUGCUUACGUAGAUACUUACGUGAGGGUUAGACCUGACGUAGUGUUUCUACUAGUUAGUAGAAAACUUGCGUAAAUUCUAAUCUUACGCCAUUUGAUGAAACGGACUUACGUAAAAUAUUUAGUCUAGUCAGAAAGUUACGCCAAACUAAGCUUACACAACUAGUUACGAUGUUUGAUGAAACGGCGUCCUGAGUUUUGAGAUUGAUCAUUGUUCGUUAUCUUUACUUUUUCAUCAUUUCAACAAUCAUUGAAUAUGCGACAUGCUGACUUUAAAGGUAAUUGUUGAAACCCUUGCGAUGUCCUAUUUCUCAGUAGCCUACCUCGGUUUGAAAAUUAAUCACACGCAUACACACUUUCAUGCAUCAAAUCCGUUAGGAGACAUAGCAUCAUCAGGGGUCGAAAUUAACUUUUUCUACCACAGGCUAAUUUUAGCCUGUGGGUAAAAAAUCCACAGGCUAAAAUGAAAACCUACAAGCUAAAAUGAAAAUAAUGAAGCAGUGCUCUUUAUAUAUAUAUAUAUAUAUUUUCAAUCAAUGAAUUUCCCCAUCAUUACUGAGCCUAUAGUGGGUCAACGGGCAGCGUUUGGACAAGACACUAAGUUACGUAAGUCAUAUGGUGCAAUGUCAAGGUCUCUUGAUUAUCGCACCUCUAACAGUCUAAUCCACAACUUGUUUACCGCAGGUCUAGAUCCAGUCUUCCAAUUUCAUGCCACAUCAGGGUUGUCAUUAGUGAUUUUGUAAAGCGAAUACAGGACUCGUGGUUUUAUAAGCAGCACGAUCACGAGUCCUAUGACUUUUUUGAUAAUCGUCUACGCGGUGAGAAAUGCACCCGUGUCGUCGCUACAACCCGACCUCAAUAUGACAAUAAAUUUAGAUAGGACAUUCUCAUGAUUCUGAUAAAAAUAACCACCGGAAGACUUGGUAAAACAUAAACUCCGAUGUUUUUGUAGAUAAAUGAAUAUUAACAAAAACAUCAUACUUGGAAUUAUUCAAUUUAAUCACCCCUAUAGGUGAACAGGACUCGUGGCACAUGUCGAUAUGCGAUGUCCGAUCUCUAAAGCAUUUGUUUGACUCCGAGUUUCUUAAAAAAUCAUAAAAGAAAAAUCCGGAUAAAAACGGUUAUUGAAAUUGGUCGUUCAUGUAAGCGUUUGUAUGAUUCAGAGUGCAAGUUUGAGAAAAGCGAAUAGCGCAUCACCGUAUAAAACGGAUACGAUACGAUCAUAGUUUGUAAAUCACCACUCGCUAAGAUUUUCGAGUGUUCAUUAUUUUUACUCGCUAUUUUUCAAAUGUACUCGCAUUUUGCGAGUAUUUCUCGCUAAUUUCGAGCCCUGAUCAUAUGCAAGUGAUAAGCACUACAUGGAAGUUGACGAUAGAGAAGUUGUAGUCAACCCACCUGUCAUAACUUUGAGAACCGAAAUUGUACCAAUUUGGGUCGAGCUUCAAAAUCUGCUUCAUUCAUCGAAGAUAUGACAAAGAUCGAAGGAAUGAUUUAUAUUUUUUCAACACAUCAAAACUCCCUCUCUUCCGCUUAGAAAGGAAUUGAUGUUCUCAAGCGAUUAGACAGAGGACAAGUGAAUGGAUUGAUUGAAUAUUGUUUAAUGUCCCGCUCGAGAAUAUUUCACUCAUAUGGAGCCGUCACCACUGCCGGUGAAGGGCUGCAAAAUUUAGGCCUAUGCUCGGCGUUUAUGGCCAGUGAACAGGGUGGGAUCUUUAUCGUGCCACACCUGCUGUGACACGGAGCCUCGGUUUUUGCGGUCUCAUCCGAAAGACCGCCCCAUUUAGUCGCCUCUUACGACAAGCAAGGGGGUACUGAGGACCUAUUCUAACCAAGAUCUCCACGGGAUUGGACCAGUGAGAUCGUAAUUAAUUUGUGCUAAUUAAUGUAUCUAUACAUAUAUGUAGAAGAAUCUCAAUACUUAAGUACUGUGCAUGAUUUUGAGUACGUAUACAUAUUAGCUGAAAAUAAUCGUAAUCAAUAUCAUUAUACAUAUUAUUAUUCCUGUAUAGCCACUGUCUGUUGUCCUAUUGAAUUGCAAUGUAUGUACAUGUAUGUUUAGUCACAACACGUGAAGAGUUUAGAUUAAUUUUUCGCUAAGAAAUCUCUAAUAGUGAAUUUUGAUCACAUUGAGGACUCUCUAUUUAUAAAGCAUGGAAAUAAAAUUCAGAUCAGUCUUGAGAAAUUGACAUAUCAUUAAAACAUCAUAGUUCAUGAUUUCAUCUCCAUUGAAGAGUUUCUAUACACAAUUGAGCUGCAUUAUUUAUAUGUGCUUUUCCAACCUUUUAAUAUUCGAUGUGGAAUUGGAGUGCAAUGAGUGUAUUUUUUUUUAUUUGUUUAAACUAUUCAGAAUUCAGAAUACGUUCCUAACAAUUUGAUGUCUUUGGAAAAAGGAAAUACAUGCUUCAUGCAAUGGCUAUAUAGCCAGAGCAUGAAAUUUUGAAUAGUAUCAAGUAAUAUAGAUCUAUCAAUGCACUACUAAAUAAUGAUGAAUAGAGAGACACCGCCAAUAUAGAAAUCUCUCUCUCUCUCUCUCUCUCUCUCUCUCUCUCUCUCUCUGUAUAUCACUGUUCGUUAUCUUCACUUUUCAUCCGUAUUAACCAUUCUCAAUGCAAUAUCUUUUUAAACAAAAAGUUUCAUCAUGGUAUUGAUUAUCCAUUGAUAUCUACAAAUUACUUCGUAAUGUGAUUUGUUCUUUUAAAAAAUACUAGUUACGUCCAUGUGUUUUAAAAAUCUGAACAAAUUAUUUAACACAAAGCUCAUAGCUAGAAAUAUUCCAGAGGAAAUAUGCACGUUUAAUACGUUGCGCAUAAUGUUAAAACUUCUUAUAGGUUUAAUGAUUGAUUGAAUAUUAUUUAACGCCCCUCUCGAGAAUAUUUCACUCAUACGUCACCAAUGCCGAUGAAGGGAUGCAAAAUUUAGGCCUAUGAUCGGCGGUUACGGCCUCUGAGCAGGGAGGGAUCUUUAUCGCGCCACACCUGCUGUGACACGGGGCUUAGUUUUUGCGGUCUCAUCCGAAGGUCCGCCCCAUUUAGUCGCCUUCUACGACAAGCAAGGGGUACUGAAGACCUAUUCUAACCCGGAUCUCCACGGGAAUCUUAUAGGUUCAAACAUCAACAAUUAAUUUUGGUGCUAGGUGGUUUAGACCGAGGAAUUUUUGUCUUUUUCAACACUAGGUCUUCAUGGCCUUUUUAUGCACCACUUUAGUUUCCAGUAAAGAUUCAUAUUGUAUUUUAUCUUAUCGCAUUUGGUUUUUGUAACAAUAUUGUUGCUGGGAGAACGCUGUUGUGUAUUACUUUUAUAUAUUGCAUUUCUAGUCAAGAUGCGGAUAUGUCUCCCAGCCAAUUUCGUUCUGUAUUUUUAGGACACACAUGUUUCGUCAUUUGAAAUAAAUGACAAUUUGUUUACACCUUACAUGUUUUUUUUAAAGGCCCACUGUGACUCAUAAAGGGAUAAAUAAAAUUUUAACAAGGCUCUCGCAAUUUUUUUUCCAUUAUUGAAAAUAUAAACUUUCGAAAAUUUACAAAGUUUAGAAGUAAAUAAUUCCGGUAAUAAAUCAAAAAAUAGAAUUUACGUCUGGUCCAGCACCAAAUUACAGUUUGUUCCGCCUCUAGAAAAACACGCAUGCGCAGAGGACUUGUAAACAAUACAGCAUGGCGUCUAGAGCGGGUAAGCGUCCUGUGGGAAGACCGAAUUCUUACCGACUCGGCCAAAAAGAGAGCGAAAAGUGAAAUAAAUAAAUCAUAUUUGUAUAAGACUAAGAUUUAUCUCGGAGAUCAAUACGAAAGAUGGCAAGCAAAGAAGGAAGAACUCGGAGAAACGCACGCAGGACUGGCGAAGAUUCUACUUGACAGGUUGGUUUUGAAACUUUCUAAAUGUAAAGUUAUUAUUUGAGGAUAAACCUGGAUCGAUCGGUGGUAAACAUUCUUUAAAAUAUUAUUUAUAAACCCUCUGCGAGUAUUGUGUUAAAAAUACUUCAUAUAUCUCCUUAGGUGCUCAAAUUAUGAGUUUGCAAGCUUUUCGGGGGCCCCCAAGGGGAAAUUUUUGAGAAAACAAAGAUAUAUAGAUUUCAACAGUAUUUUAUUAUGAUAAUUCACAAUAGGAUUAGACAGCAGGCACUGCCUAUACAAGUCUUCACCGUUGAUAUUAUAUUACUUUGAUUCUGUUAUGAUUUGUAAAGUAUAAUAUUCAUUUUACUGUAUUGGACACUAUUCAAUUCAAAUAGACUUGUAACGGACAGUGAAACAGAGGAUGCAGACUCAGCUGACCAGUCACUUACAUUGCAGAAAAAAUAUCAACGCCUAUAUUAAAGAAAAAGCUACAUCUCCUCCCCCCAGAUGUAUCAGAAAUUUCAACAGCUCUAAGCGAGAGUACUGAUACAGAGAAGCAACAAGAAGUGGCAAAAUCUUCUGCUCCACCAGUAACCAGUCAACAGGAAUCUCCUGGCCCAAGUCACAAGAAAAGAAAACUCUUUGAUGAUAAAGAAGUUUCAUUCAUCAAUCCAUUUGAUGUAACAAUAGAUGUAACAGAAGAAAGCAGCAGUGACAUAAAUUCUGACGAAGAGUAUGAGCCAAGCUUUAAUGUGACUUUAAGACCAAACAACAUGUUUGGUUUGGAGGAAGUAAGUUUAGAGGUGCAGGAGUUUGGAGUGGAGGAAGUAGAAGGAGAUGAAGAAGGGGGUCUUCAGGAGACAAUUGAGGAGACAGGGUCUGGUGUCACAAAGAUUAAGAAUGUCGAAGAGAUGCCCAUAUUAACAAGAGACGAGACAUGCCUUGUGUAUUAGAGGUGCUUGUUAAAGUUGGCCAAUACACACAUCGACUACAAAUGCAAAGUGAAGGGUUGCAAUUCUCCUAUCUCACUGCGCACAGGGAAUAUAGGCUCAGCUCUGUAUAUUUUCUGGGAAUGCACCCAGAAACACUUGGCACACAAGUGGUGUUCUCAGCCAUUGCUGAAUAGAAGACUGCAUGGAGGGGACUUGCAGAUCGCUUCUGCAAUUCUGACCUCUGGAAACAAUUAUGCAAAAGUUAAACUUUUUGCAGAUUUCUUGAAGCUUUACUUCCCUAGUAUUUCAAAGUUCUCAGCUAUCCAGAGAACAUACUUGAUACCAACCAUCAAUACAUUCUGGAGAGAAGAACAACUGGGCACAGUAGAGAGUUUGCAGGGACAAGAAAUUAUUGCUCUUGGUGAUGGAAGGAAUGAUAGUCCAGGGCAUAGUGCACAGUACUGCACAUAUUCCAUAAUGGAUAACAGCUCCAAGAAAGUAAUUUCCAUCAUCACCAUGGAUAAAAGAGAGACGGGGAAGAAGAGCACUAAUAUGGAAAAGGGGUGCUUUUUAAAAGCUAUGGAAGACCUAAGAGAUAAUGGUGUUGUUGUAGCUGAGGUUGUUACCGAUGCACAUUUGCAAAUUGGAGCAGUUAUGAAGAACAGAUUCCCAGAAAGAAAGCACUUGCAUGACAUAUGGCAUGCUGCCAAAAACCUAGGCAAGAAGGUAGUUGCUGCUGGACAGAGUAAGGAAUGCCGACCUCUCCUAGAGUGGAGUCGUGACAUUAUCAACCACUUUUGGCAUGCUUGUUCUUUGGCAACUGAUGUUGAUAGCUUUAUGGAGAUAUGGUGUGGUAUUGUUCACCACAUUGUCGGGGAACAUGAAUGGAGCAUGUCCUAUAGCAGUAACUUCUAUGGGGAAAACAAAUGCCAGCAUGGUCCACUGGAGGGAGAGCAGAAGGAGUGGCUGGAGAAAGGCAGCCCUGCACACAAGGCUCUCAUUGAGAUUGUCUUCAACAAAAGACUUCUGAAUAAGAUACCCUAUUAUGUAAAUUUCAGAAGUACAGCAGAAUUGGAGACGUUCAACAAUCUUAUUUUAAUGUAUUGUGGCAAAAGGUUUGCUUUUUCCCCACCUGUUUACAGGGCUAGAAGCCAGUUGGCUGCAUUAGAUUACAACAACAAUGUGGACAGGAUGGUGAAAAGAAACUUGGAUGGGACAGUGCAGCAACACAGAACAUUCAACAAAAAAAGUGGCCGCUGGAGUGUAACACCAGUAAAAGUUGAAAAGAGCUACAGACACGUGGACAUCAUAAUGGAAAGAGUGGUGGCUGCCCGUCUGAAUGACCAGGAAGGCAUGAGUCAGCCUGUAGUGUUUGACAUUGAUGACCCACGCCGCUUGAGCAGGACCAUUGCCCCAAUUGAUCCAAAGCCAACGACGGAGUUGCUCGAGGAGAAAGUGUCACGGUUUCAAGCAACAGACUAAUCGUGAACAUUUGCAAAUGUAGCUUUGUUAAUAUUUGUAUAAUUUAGUAUAGUGUGUAAACACGGUCACCUAUGCAUACUUGAUUUUGUUAAACAACCCAGAAGACUGAUGUACUGGACUACUGGUGCUUAAAAUUGAAAUUUCUGAUAUGAUAUCCAUGACAAUGUGCUUAUAGGAAAACUGAUUUGAAAUAAUGCUAACAAAAGUUUUAGGAAAAUUGUUUGUGUAGUUGAAUUUUGAUAUUUCUAACAUCGAUAUCUUAAAUACUAUGGAUAUAUCCAAGGGAGUUAGAAGGACAAAUUACUUCUUUAUGUAUAACAUCAAUGUCUUGCAUCCUCGGAAAUCUUUUUCUCUUGGCCCCAUCAAGUUAGAAAUUUGACAACAUUUAUCAAAUGUCUUUGUUUUUACAAAGACAUCAUGCCAUACGUCAUAUCAUAGUCUCAAUCAGUCCAUUAGAAUUCAGGUGUUAUCUUGGUUAUCAAAUAGUCUACAAUUUUUAGCAUUAUCGUGUACAUAUCAUUUUAGUGUAUGUUUUUCCCCCCAGAUAUUGUCAUGUUUAUUAGCUAGUCUAUGAUUUUCAUGUAUUCUCUUAGUGUGUAAUUUCUGGAAUUACCAUGUUUGUCAGACAGUCAGUCCAUUACUGGAUGAAUUCAAAUAUCCUUAUGAUCUCAAAUUCAAUACUAUUUUCAUAUGAUACGCAUAUAACUACGGCUGUGGUACUAAGAGGUUGGACUUCAAUCAUGCACUUUUCAGCAAAAUGAACCACAAGUAUCAGUAUAUUGCAGCUUGUCACAAUUGAUCACCAUGAAGAGAGGAAGUUGCCUAUUUGUCAAGAUCUUAGUCUCAGUUAAUAGGAAAACAGGCAGAAUACGGACCGAGCUAUUGGGGCUAAGACCAUUAAACUUGGUACACAUACUCUUCAUGCCAAGUGAAGGUCAAAGGUCAUACCAUUAAAUAGCAAGAAAACUUUGUAGGCAGGAUGCAGACAGAUCUAUUGGGUGUAGGACAGUCAAACUUGUUACACGUACACCUUACAUAGGAUGCCUAUUGUUUCUCUAGGUCUCCGUCAUAGUAUAAACCAUGUUGUUAUUGCCCUGAAAUUUAGUCAUAUGCUUCCUCUUGGGGGGAUAAGUUCAGUUGGAUUGGUGCACCAUAACCUACAUUAGGGAUAAAAGUGGGUCAAACAGUUUUCCAGACUUUUUAUCCAUUCAGAGUAAAUUAUGUAAUUGCAGUUCCAACGGCCAUGUAGAAUUGUGCACAGGUAUUAGCAAGAUUGUGUAUUUACAUUUUAUAGGAUUUUGUAUUAAAUCAUGACUUUGGAACACACACAAACUUUUCGUUAUAUGAAAUGAAAAACUAAUGUUGGUAUACAACUAUAUUUUUAGUCAACAUAAAACAUUGUAGGUCAGCAAUGUAUAUGAAAAUGCCUUGGCUGAAGGCAAUUCAAUUCUUUAAUGAAUUGAGGCAUCCUGAUGCUCUUGAAAUUUUAGGAGCAAUUCUGGUUUGUUAAAUGUUGGCUACAUUAUGUAUAACAUGGUAGACGCAAAUCAUUUUUGCCAACUUUACUUAAUAUUGACCUCAAGUUUUCGAGACUUUAAUUGACAUCUUGAAAAAGUCUGAAAGAUUGUCCAUCAAAAUGUGUUCAGCAAGCAUUGCAGAAGAUUUCUGAGUCUGGUUAAAAAUUCAUGUCUUGAACUUGACAUGUUCCAAGUUGUCGUGCAAGAUUUCAAAUUACGGUAUAACGUGACAGUCUGUUCAAAUGGAGAAUGUAAAUAUAUUUUCUCCAUAUGUUGCUCAAAAACAAAGAUAUAUACAAGACUAAAUUUUGGUUAAUUUGGAUUACACAGGUUCUGGAUAACAAUGACAUACAUUUAUUACAAUUGUACUGUAAUUCGAGAUCUUGGCAUUUUACAAUGUAUUGGUCAAGAUAUGUUUCCCCUCUAUUUGAUGAAGUUUACAAACAACUUGAUGCAUAUCAUUUUGUGUUGAUACUCAAUAUCCAGAAAGUUUAAUCAGGUUUUGGUACAAGUAAUAAAUAAUUUAUAUUUUA